AUGCAGACUCUCUCAACUAUCUCCAUGCCAGAACACACGAUUGCAACCUCAAAGCCAUCUCCUGUCGAGUCCAUUGACGAUGCGGCACCAAUCCUAUCCACCCUACUUUCUAUGGCUUUCUCCAACGCCACGCGUCCCAUAAACGAACAAUUGGUGUCAGAAUCUGCCUGCAAACAAAUCCUUUCCACCCAAAGUCGCCUGUACCAACUGCUCAGAGCAAACAAGGUCACCUUUCCUCAAGUUUUUGACUCUCCUUUAUUCCCCCCGCUCGUAUCUACUGCAAUUUUGGAAUACCUAGACACAUUACGUCCUCAUCUUGAGCAGACUUCCGCUAGCGACGAGAUUUUCGAGCGGUGGAUGCCUCGAGCCAGGAGUUCUAGCCCGAUAUAUAGUGACGCCGAUGUCAUUAGUCAUUUCGAGGCUCUCAAUCUCCAACGAGUAUCCCGGACGGGUGGUUUGCGAAUCAUACUAUACAAUCUCGGAAGAUUCAAGCAAAACCCUGCCUUGUGCCAGCGCCUCGAGCGUUUAUUCUCUCCCACGGACAAAUUUUUCGUCAACUCAACCGGCACCGGAAAAACCCGCUUAUGCUUCGAGGGAUUAUGUUCCAACUGGGGACUCUACUUCACAUUUGCUGUCGGUCAUCGUAACCUUGGUAGUCAUGAUCUUCAGCUGGCUAUCAGGAAGCGGUGUGGCUGGGGCGAAGGCUUUAACGACGAAGAACUGGACCACGACCAGAUGCGUGAACAGAACACCGCGUGCGCAUUACGCUAUUUUGGCGCUAUUCUACUAGCAAGGCUCCUCGUUUUCCAGAUGUUUUUGGAGAUAGUCGUGUCUAGAGGGGGGCUGAAGGAGGAACACAAAGCUCGCUGGCUCCAAACUCAGCUUACCUCUCACCGAUUCACGAUGAUGGCAAAUGACGCCUUUGGGUCGCUUGCGGACCUGCUGGUCACUCACGAGACGCCCUUCCUCCAGUCCAAUAUCGAUGAUGUUCUACGGAAAAUACACACAGUAAUUGGCCGUGACGAACCUCUACUUAUUGUUUUGGACGAGGCUCAGUUGGCUUGCGAUAUACUCCCAAACUCGUUUGGAGACGGGCAGCCCCUUCUGUGGGAGAUAAUUCGGGGAUGGAAAGCUCUGACGCGAGGGACCUGCAAAAUUAUAUGCGUUGGCAAUCAUAUCACGCCGCCAAUGUUCACCGACAGCUUUGAACAGAUUUCAGAAACAAGCUGUUUUGAUGAUCCAGAUACACAUGAAACAUAUAUCAACCAGUUUCUGCCUCCCAAGCUUCGUGAUUCGCCCUCAGGCCGAUUUCUAGUUGCCCGACUAUGGCGCUGGUGUCGAGGAAGAUAUUGGCUUACCGAUGAAUUCCUUGAAAUGCUUCUUGCAGAAGGACUUCAGUUUCCGCACAAUUGCCUCAGUGUGUUCAUCGAGAGGACCACCGAGGCAAAGCCAUUUGAUGCUGUCAAGACGCAAUUCGAGGAAGGCUUACCGAGAGGUUAUUCCUGGGCGUCCAGGGUUUCCAAGGCUUCGGACUUCUCAAACCUCUUUCCAGACCAGGAAGACCUCAUACUAGAUCUUCUCUACUGCUACAUGACAACACACAACGGCCGCUCCUUUGGGCCUGGUGAAAACCUUGACCUCCUUAGGAAAGACUAUGUCCUUUUUGCCAAGGCAGAUAUGUCGCGGGUCAGUUUCGAUGAACCGCUGUUCCUCAUUCGAGCAGCUCGUCGGCUGUUUCCCUUUCCUGUUAAGUGGAUCUUACGUGACCGGCCACAUCGUCAUCCUGCGACCUUUAUAAGCAGUCUCCGUCUCAACCCUCCCCGCACGAGAGAGAGUUUGGCGCAUUGUUACGCUUUCUAUGUUACCCAAGUCCUCGGCGAGCCCCGGUUGUUGCUCGACAUCGUCAACUUCCCCCAUGUCGUUCCUGCAUGGGCCCAUCAAACAGCGCAGCUCGUUCGAUUUUUUGUGGACGAGCAAGGAGACUUCCAGCGGGAGUUGGGACUGAUUGAUGCCUACCAGUCGCUCAGACCACUUGCUACAACGACAGCUACAUUGGAAGAGACCACACGAUGGAUCAACCACGAAUAUGGCACUAUUUUCUGCAUUCCAUCUUCACCCAAUGUAGACCUUCUCUACGCUCUUCAACUAGCCGAUAAAUCACGCAUCUGGGUCGCUGUUCGUUUGUUUGCGACGGAUGAACCUGUAAUGCCUGAUGAGCUCAGUCCUGCGAUAUCGCUCUUGGACAUCGACAGUCUUUUUGUCGAGACACCCGCCGACUUCGUUGCAUCAAGGCGUGCUGCAGACGGCUUGCGAUCGUUGCCUAACGUUCGCCAAAGGCCCUGUGUCUUGCGGACUAUCUCCAGCUUUCCCGUCGAAGUCGACCUUUGCUCAAGUGUAUAUCAACGCUCUCGAGAUGUUGCACAUCUCAGUUUUACUAAACUCCGAUUCAAAGAAAGCCAGGUUAUGCAAGAAGACUUUUUUGCUGCCAUAGUCAACGGUGUCAUCGCUGGAACUAAACGCAAGUCGAGAUGGGAUGAUGGGUCGAUGCAUAUGGAGCGUAAGAAGGCCAGAGUGCUCCUCCGUGAAAUGGAAUUCAAGCCCCCGACUAUCUGGGGUGACGACGCUUCUGAGUAUUCGGACCCGGAGGAUAUGCACGAGGAACCCGACUUCACAUGGGAUGUUCGAUCAGAUGACCUUUGGAGAGAGAGCUGGAAAGAGCCAGCCACCAAAGCUCCGCCGCCACCUCGAAAACCUCGAAAACGCAAGACAGGGCUUUCGAAGCCAAAGCCGGAGCCAGUGGCGAAGGCAAAGGGGAAAGCUGACAGACCACCUAAGAAACGAUACUAA